UUUUUUUAUAGAUGUGAAAGAAGUUGUGGAAGUACUUAAUGCUGUUAAAAAUGAUGAUGUUACGACUCUUCAAAAAUUACUUAAGGAUGAUCCAUGUCUUUGCAACUGUCAUUUAGAUGAUGGAGCUACUCCUUUAAUGUAUUCAGCUAUGCUUGGAUAUCUGCAUAUUGUUCAGCUGUUAAUAAAGUAUGGUGCUGAGUUAGAUAAACAGGAUACAGUAAAUGGUUGGACAGCACUGAUGCAAGCUGUUUUUCAUAAAAAAACAGCUGUUGUAAAUUGUCUUAUAGAGGCAGGAGCAAAUGUAGAUAUCACAGCAUAUAAUGGUUGCCAAGCUUUGGAUUUGGCUUAUUUAUUACAAGAGCCAGAUAAUGAAGUGAUUAAAUUAUUAACAAAAAAAAUAGAGUCAUCAACAAGUAAUAUUAAAUUAACAUCACCGUUAAGUGGAAAUAUUCCACUGAAAGCCUCAAGAUCAUCUAACAGUAGGUAUAUAUCUAAAGACAGUCAAAAGAACAUGAGUAUUAUGAACUGGCUAGGUGAAGUGUCAUCAAAUAUCUUAAAUCGUCUUCAAACUACAAAAUUUCGACAGUUACCUUCACCAACUUCUGAAAACCAUUCUCCAGUUUCCUGCGAUGUGUUUUUGUCUCCUGAAAUGGCUGAAAAUACACAAAAUGAUAGAGUACAACUAAAGAAUCUCAGUUUAUCUUCACUGCCAUCACCUGGACAAUUGUUAUUAUCACCAAAGAGUUUUCCAAAUGUUGUUGUUCCUCCACUUCUUUUUAGUCCCAUUUCUGAAAUCACUCAAGGAAGAUUGUGUAUGAAAUCAGGAAAAAGAAUUCCACACAGUGAUAGAACUAAGAAAAUGGAUUCUUUGGCUUUUCAUCCUGUUCAUUUAUUAAAGAGAAGAAAUGUAUUAAAUUCUCUAAAUUCCAAAUUAUCUCCAUCCAACCAAGCUGAUGAAGAAAAAACAGAAAAGAAAUUGAAUUUUAGAGAUGAUAAAUCUCUAAGUUUGGAAAAUUAUCAGAGAUUUUCUGGAAGUUUUAGUGAUACUCUUUGUAGCAGUAGUACUAAUAGUAGAGCUUCAGAAAAUUCUCCAUUAGACAAAACACUAGUUGCAAAUAAGGCAGAGGUAAGAUUAUUUUUUUAUAAUGCUGAUAUAUAA